GACCACCUCCUUAGGUGUAGUAACAUAUCAACCUUCGCUGACAAUCAAAGCCACGGCCACUCAGAGAUCGACAAGAAAUCUUCAAGACACAACAUGUCUCGUCUUUAUGUCCUCCUAUUUCUUAGUUGUAUCCUGUUGGCCCAUUUCGUUGAGGCUAAAAAACGGCGUAGUAAACGUCAAAUUGGAGGCGGAGGUGGGGGAUUUCUUCCGACAGCACAGUGUAGCAAUGAUAAUGACUGUCCAAGAUCUUUUCGAUGUCACCCAACACACCACCUUUGUGAACAAAUUCGGGGUUCGACAAAACAAAAAGGACAAAAGGAAAAAAGUACUUGAUAAAGAGAUAAAAAGUACUUGUACUACUACUUGUACUCUAGCAGCUUCUGGAGUUCUCCGUAAUUAUAAAACUGUCUUGAAUAAUCAAUAAUGACCUAUGAACCUGUCAAUAAACCCUCGAAUGAAUUAAAAAUGCAUUAGUAUUGA